UGACGUCACGGCCGGGCCGCCCGGCAAUGGGCGCCAUUUUGAAACCGCGAACCCUCCCGCGGCUCCGGGCGGCUCCGUCCCGCUCCCGGCCCCGCUCCCGGCCCCGUUCCCGCGGCUCCCCCCGCCAUGGCAGUAGUGGCGAGAGCUGGAAGCGACGGCGGCGGCAACAACGAGGUGCAGUGGUGCUUCUUGCAGGUGAAGGGGGCGAUCGACGAGGACGUGGCGGAAGCUGAUAUAAUUUCAACAGUUGAAUUUAAUUACACUGGUGAUCUUCUUGCAACAGGAGACAAAGGUGGCAGAGUGGUUAUAUUUCAAAGGGAACAAGAGACUAAAAGCCGUCCUGUCUCUCGGGGAGAAUACAAUGUUUACAGUACCUUCCAGAGUCACGAGCCUGAGUUUGACUACUUGAAAAGUCUAGAAAUUGAGGAAAAAAUUAAUAAAAUUAGGUGGUUACCACAACAGAAUGCUGCUCACUUCCUGCUGUCUACAAAUGAUAAAACUAUUAAACUAUGGAAAAUAAGUGAAAGGGAUAAACGAGCCGAAGGUUAUAAUUUAAAGGAUGAAGAUGGAAGACUUAGGGAGCCUUUCCGAGUCACAGAACUACGGGUAAGUCUCUGCUCUUUGGCUUUAUGUAUCUCUCUGCAUGCUCUUCUUUAUCUUCAUGCUACCAAACUGAAAUGUGCAAAUCAAAAAUGGUGUUGGGGUCAGGGUCAUGUCUUUAUUGAUGAUCAGGCUGAGGAGAUCUCUGAGUUGACAGCAUGGAAGUGUCUAACAGAAACUUUCCUCAGAAAGAAACUUGUCACUGAUGUAAAGUUUUCCAGUACUGAAAACAGUGGAAGCCGUAAGAGCUGGCGUUGGUUUCACGUGGAACUGUGUGUUCUCUCUGCAGUUUUUGAGGAACCUGAAGAUCCUAGCAGCAGAUCAUUUUUUUCAGAAAUAAUAUCCUCGAUAUCUGAUGUGAAAUUCAGCCACAGCGGGCGAUACAUGAUGACAAGAGACUACCUGUCUGUCAAGGUGUGGGACCUGAACAUGGAGAACAGGCCCGUGGAGACGUACCAGGUGCACGAGUACCUGCGCAGCAAGCUGUGCUCCCUGUACGAGAACGACUGCAUCUUCGACAAGUUCGAGUGCUGCUGGAACGGCUCCGACAGUACAAUCAUGACUGGAUCUUACAACAACUUCUUCCGGACGUUUGAGCGGAACACGCACCGGGACACCACCCUGGAGGCCUCCCGGGAGAGCAGCAAACCUCGUGCCAUCCUCAAGCCACGCAAAGUGUGCACAACCGGCAAGAGGAAGAAGGACGAAAUUACCGUUGACAGUCUGGACUUCAACAAGAAGAUUCUGCACACAGCAUGGCACCCAACAGAUAACAUCAUCGCUGUAGCUGCCACCAAUAACUUGUAUUUAUUCCAGGAAAAGGUUAACUAAGGAUGGCUGCCCGCGGACAGAGUCUCGUCUCGCAUAGUUCAGCUCAGUUGUUUAUCUGUAACAGAAGGCCUUGUUGUCCUAUCAGUGAGGAACAUUGAUGCACUUACUUCCCUUGAGCUAUCGGAGAGCAUCUGGCCUGGCUUUGAGUCCCUGGCACGGUUCUGCCUUCGGUGGGGUGGGAGCGUCCACGCGCCUUCCGGGGAGGGCCCUCCGAGGCAGAAUUGGUGGACAGUGCUCAAUGAGGCCAACACUCAAAACAAAUGUAUUUAUUGAUGUCUGAGCCUUCCUUUCCAGUUUAUAGACCAAAAAAUUUAACACCUGAGAAGAAAAAGUUGUCAUAAAAGUGUAAUUUCUCUCUCGCUCUCUCUGCUGUAAUAUUUGGGCCUUCCAGAACAUUUCUCGUGCUUGAUGCCUGUACAUUCCUCCUCGGGCCCGGGGCCAGGGUCUGACCUGGGAGCGCUGCAGGGCUUGAGGUGGGUGUAGGCAGGUGUCCAUGGCUAUUUACUCACCAACUGUACCUAUAACCACACCUUCUGGUGGAAACCACUUAAUAAAUAACAGCCUAUCAAACCUGUUCUUAGAGCUGGAGGGAUGUAUUCAGUCUUCUUUUUGUAUUGCAUGUCCUGAGCUGGUGCAGAACAGUUCUGGUGGCGCCUCUGACAGGGUUUGCCCCAAAACACCGAGUUUUUGGCAGACUAAUACAAACUUUUUGUGUAGUAUUUCAGAUUCUAAAUUUAGAGUUUCCAUGGCAUUGUCAUAGAGUUGGAGUUGCACUGGAUUUGUUGUCAAAGGCUCUGUGUGUGCCAAGCAGGAGAUGGAAAGGGUCCUAGAAACAUCCACAGCCUUAACCAAGUGUCGGCCUUGCACGGAGGGAACCAAAACAUCGACACCUUCUCUGCUCUGAGGAUAAAAAUGCAGCUUCUCUGGUGCAUCUCAUCCUCAGCAGAGACAGACCUGACGUGCAUUAUGGUUUUUAACCUUUUUAGUACUUGUCACGAAGGGAACAGUUUAUUUUAAGUAUUUGGUGUAGUAUCUUGUAUUUCCCCCUGCAGUUCCAGAGCCGCUCCGGGCUGGGCUGCCCAGGGAGGGCCACGCUGAGCCCAGGCUGGCGGGACAGCAGCUGCUGGAGCUCUCUUGCUCACUUGUUUUAAGCCUUAGGUACUGUUUCUUUCUUUGUUUUGUUUUUUUUUUUUCUUCCAAAGAGGCCUAAAUCACAUCCCCUUUCCCCGGAUGAGCCCGGGGCCAACAGGGCAGUCCAGCAGCCCCCGGCAGCCAGAGGCUGCACUCUGCCAGGUGCCUGCAGCCUGGGAACUCCUUCCCAGAGCCCCCAGCUUUCCCCCAGCAAGCCCCAAGUGUGGUUACACUCCGUUCUCCCUGGAACCAAGGUGUGUUCCAGUCCCAAGAGCAAACCGUGGCCGUCCCGCCCCUCCCGGUACCGCCCCCGAGCCCUGGGUCCCAGGAAGGUGGGAAGGACGAAGCCCGAGGUUCUCCCAGGAAAGGCUGGGUUCAGCCAGUUGCUUGUGACACUUUGGAGAUGUUGGAACUGGGGGGUCGCUGAAGCCUUGAUCCGACCGCGUUCCCAACGCCUGCUCGAGCCGAUCCGUGGGGUUGUACAUAAUUGUUCAGUUCUUUUGACCAAAAAGUUUAAUAAAUUUUAAAUGUUUACCUGG